UGAUUUCUAUGGCUCUUAUUAUUCUGUCUUCGAUGAUAGCGAAAUUUGCCAGUGAGUGAAAAAUAGCGUUUUUCACUAUCAAAUUCAAAUUCGAAGUUUAUUCUCUAUAAGGAUUACAAUGCUGAGUUUACAGAAUUUGGUUAUUGUGUGGUUUACAAGUAGUAAAAUACUAAUUACAGAGGGGGCCACUAGAACACCUAGCAUGGCUAGGCAUUUCGGGCAGACUUUGAUUAAUUCUUAACUUUAAAAUAUUACAAAUUAUGAGGUAAGUUGGUAUUAUGGCUAAGUGACUAAAUACUAGUUUGUGAGUUUAGCAAUGUGAAUGCUUUUGUUUUGGCACAGUACAUAGUUUCAGUAUUGGAGUAUCAUAGGAUUCAUUAUUUUAAGAUUGAGAUUAAUAUUUCUGUUUAUGGUCAAAUGGGUGAGUGAGUGCAAGUGUGAACCACCAGGUGGUAUUCGUGUAAUUAGUGUCUAAAAUGCUUGAUGUGUGUACAUUAUCAUAUAUUAAGUGCUCAAUACAGCUAGGCAUAAAAAACAUACAAAAUAAAAUAAAAUGCACAGUACUACAUAUCAGCAUGAUAAGGCACCUAAAUUACUGGGAACGGUUGAAGGUCCUUGAUCUGUAUUCCCUGGAAUGCAGGCGAAAGAGAUACGUGAUAAUACAUAUACACUUGGAAGGUCCUGGAGGAAUUGGUACCAAACCUGCACACAAAAAUCACUCCCUUUGAAAGCAUAAGACUUGGCAGGAGAUGCAACAUUCCCCCAAUGAAAAGCAGGGACGCAAUGAGUAUAUUGAGAAACACAAUAAGUGUCCGGGGUCCAAGACUGUUCAACUGCCUCCAAACCUACAUAAGGGGGAGACCCUUGGCUGUCUUUAAGAAGGCACUGGACAGGCACCUGAAGUCAGUACCUGACCAACUGGGCUGUGGUUCGUUAUCAGCUUGCAUGCGGUUAGUAGUAACAACCUGGUUGAUCAGACCCUGAUCCACCGUGAGGCCUGGUCUCAGACCGAGCCGCAGGGGCAUUAACCCCUGAAAUCCUCUUCAGGUAAACUACAUACCAUACCUUAAAAUAUGGCACUGAUCGCCUUUCCCUUAUGCAAUUGUUGUGCGAAAAAUGGCAGAAAAGUGGAAAAAUCACUGAACAUAAUGAACAAUAGCUCAAUUGAAAACCAUGAGAAAUGUGGAAUACAAAAAGAGGGCACUGAAUAUGCAGGGCUCUCCUGUACUUGGCAAGUCCUCAAAUCAAAUUUAUCUCUCAAAUAUUCAUCCAACCUAUUCUUACCCUUUACCAUGCUUGUGUCAAAAAUGAGGCGAUAAAAGCAUCAUUUUCAUGGCGCCAUGAACACAAUGGGCGUCCUCAGAGAGACUUCUCAUCUCAAUCCAACCAAUCACAAGCCUGGGCGGAGCUUGAAUGUGGCGUCGCUUGGGUGUUGUCGACUGCUACUGGCUGGAGCUCCAGCAGUCUUCAGUACUGUCUGAAUUGUUGAAGGAGCAGCAUCUUCAACCUCACUCUCUGGAUAUUUCACCAGUUUACACCACUCCAGAAUGGCAUUAAACACAAACGUGUUUUAUGGAUCAAAGGCUCAUAGAAAAAGGGAUUACAUUGUGCCAGAGUUAUAUGAUGACAGUGACACUAAUGAGGAAGUGGAUUCUGCAGAUGAAUAUGAGCCACAGCCAGAUGCUUCAGCUUCAAGUGAAGAUGAACAUGAAGAAUUGUCUACGAGAAGUCGGCGAGUUAGUGUAAAACGAAGAAAUAUACGUAUACAAGUAUUUGAAGAUGAUGAGGUUGAUGAAAGAAUUGUCAACAACACUAAUGCCACCUGGAGCAAACUUGACAUAACAAAUACUCCAUUACCUGACUACAAACAUGAGGUACAAACACAUGUCAAGAAACCAUUUGAAUAUUUUUGUGAAUUAUUUACUGUUGAAAUGUUGGAAAGCCUUGUAUUUAACACAAACUUGUAUGCAACACAGAAAGAUGUUAAUGCUAACUUCAACACCACUAGUGAAGAGCUAAUGCAAUUUGUUGGAAUUCUGAUAUACAUGAGUAUGGACAGCCUGCCAUCUUUAGAGGAUUACUGGUCCUAUUACCAUUGUCAUCCUGAUAUUGCAAAUGUUAUGACAUCUAAAAGGUUUAGGUUACUGAGGACAACAAUUCAUGCAAAUGAUAAUAAGAACGCAACAGGUGACAGGUUCCAUGAAAUAAGACCACUGUUUGAUGGUCUAACAAAAGCAUGCCUAAAAGUUCCUGCUACACCUAGACAAUCAGUUGAUGAGGUAAUGGUGGGAUAUAAGGGAACAAGAGCAGGAAACCUCAGGCAAUAUAUCAGGACCAAGCCUGAUAAAUGGGGUUUCAAACUUUUUUGCCGUGCCAGUGAUGAUGGGUUUAUACAUGACAUAAUGAUGUAUCAAGGUAAAACAACCUUUCAUUAUCACAAUGUUAGCCUAACAGAGGAGGAGAAAAAAAUCCUUUAA